AAUGGCCUCCAAAGUGCAUACUAGACUUCACCUCCAAACAAAGUCAUGCCUAUCAAAAAUGGCAACACUUCUCCUUUUCCUUUGCUUCUUAUUCACCUCCUUCUCUUAUGCAGCAGAAGCAAGGAAUUGCCAUAGAGUGUGGAACUGCAAAGGAGACAUUAGGUGUUGGGAAGACUGCAAAAAUGAGCACAAUGGAAAGGGACUUUGUGAUCUCUACACUGCUCCUUCUGUCCCUAAGCAAUGCUUUUGUGCUUAUAAAUGUUAA